AUGGCCUCCUCACAAACAGCACCGCCUCCCGGCGUCUUUGUCCCGGUCCCGACCUUCUUCAAGCCGGCCUCCGCCUCUGGCGAUUCCAUCGAGCCCGUGGUCGACAUCGAGACGCAGGUGGCUCACACCGUCUUCCUGGCCAAGGCUGGCAUCACGGGCCUGACCAUUCUCGGAUCGACGGGCGAGGCGGUCCAUCUGUCGCGGAAGGAAAGGCACGACCUCGUGGCCGGCGUCCGGGCCGGGCUCAACGACGCUGGCUUUGCGAAUUAUCCGAUCAUGGCCGGGGUCCUCACCAACAGCGUCGGCGAGACGCUCGAGUGGCUGCAGGACUACGCGGAUGCCGGAGCGCAAUGGGGGUUGGUUCUCGCGCCUGGGUAUUUCGGAAAGGCAGUCAACCAGCAGAACCUCAUUGACUGGUUCACUGCCGUUGCAGAUCGGAGUCCGAUUCCGAUCUUGAUCUACAACUAUCCGGGGGUUACCAAUGGACUACUUGCGGAACCGGAUACCUACAGAGCGCUCGCCAAGCACCCGAAGAUUGUCGGAUGUAAAAUGUCCCAUGGAGACGUCUCUUACCACGUUCAAGUAUCGACUGACCCUCAAAUCGACCACAACGCAUUCCGAGUGUACAGCGGGUUUGGCCAGCAGCUUGGUCCGAUUGUUCUGUUUGGCGCCGCAGGUGUGAUUGAUGGACUGGCCGCCUUUUACCCCAAGACGGUGGUGAGGCUGUUUGCUCUGGCGAACCAGGGAUCGUUCCCAGCAGAAGCCCUGGCUGAGAUCCGGAGGCUGCAGUUUGCUGUUAGCCGUGCGGAGGAGUUUAUCGGCAAGACUGGAAUCAUUGGCAUCCGUGAGGGCAUCAUUCGAAAGACGGGGUUGGGAGCGCUUGAGGGGGGAAGGUUGCCGCUGAAGGGAAGGCUUCCGGAGGAGAACUGGACGGCGCUGCAUAAGCUGUAUCUGUCUGAUAUCGAGCAGAUUGAGAAUUCAUUGUAA